AUGAAGCUCAUUAUUGUCGCAUUGGUGUGCCUGCUGCUGGCCGGGAUGUGGUUACAGGAUGCGGACGCCAAGAGCAUGCACGUGUCAUCCUCCAAUUGCUGUUUCAUAACGGUGAAGAGAAAGAUUUCUCUGAAGAGAAUCCAGUGUUACAAGAACAUCAGCUCCACCUGCUCCUACAAAAACCGUCUGAUACUGAAGCUGACUGGAGGCCUAGAGGCUUGUGUCUUCCAAAAAGAAUCAUGGGUUCAGGCUUACUUAAAGAAGAUAAACCUCUGCCAGUGA